UGGACUCCAAGGCUCACUGGCUGCCGGCGUUGUCAGGUUUUGGAGCUCCUGAACGCAGCGGUUUCCUGCUCUGGGCCAGGAGAGUAAACUCGUCGGUGUGCGGAGCUGGACAGCGGGACCUAGAGUUCGCAGUCUGCAGUCCCACGGGUAGCUCUGGACAGCGCCCUUGUCGUCUCAGAAUGGAGCAGUUUCCUUCAGGCCGUAGGGACCGCAGCGGCGGCUGCAGACCCCACCUGGCCCCGGGACUGCGGGCCGCUCCACCCGCAUCGCCCGCGCGGCCGGGGCCGUCGGGGAUCCCGGUGUCCGCGGCUUUUCUGCGGCCACCUGGCCUGUUCCUGCGAUCGGCCGCCAGCGCGGGUCGCGGAGGAUGCGCUCCCGGCCCGGGGCUGGAUAGGGCGCUGGGGGCGGUGGGCUGCGGCUACCCGCGGACCCCCAAGUGCGCCCGCUGUCGCAAUCACGGCGUGGUGUCGGCGCUGAAGGGCCACAAGCGCUUCUGCCGCUGGCGGGACUGCGCGUGUGCCAAGUGCACUUUGAUCGCAGAGCGCCAGCGCGUCAUGGCCGCGCAGGUGGCGCUUCGCAGGCAGCAGGCGCAGGAGGAGAGCGAGGCUCGUGGUCUGCACCGGUUCCUGUACCCGGGGCCGUCGGGGACCGGGGCUCUGGCGUCGGGGAGCAGCGGCAGGAACGAGAGUCCCCAGGCCGUGCGCAGGCCUGAGGCUACGGCUGUGUUGGGAGCGGGUACUUCAAGGCAUCCCGGGAGCCGGGCGGUCCCCGCUUUCGAGGUUUUCCAGCAAGAUUAUACCGAGGGAAAGCAGGAACCAAAAGAGAAGAACUGCGAGUCAUGCCAGAGUAGACAUGAAGAACUGGUCUCCCACACCCAUCACCGUACUCUGGGAUCUUCUCCUAAGGGUAAGAAUACCACGCAGAAAAGGGGCUUCCUGUCGUCUAUUUCAGAACACCCAGACAAACCCAAUAUAAUCCUGUCUCCUUGCCCCACGGAGCAAUCAGGAGGAGAAGACAGUCCCAGGUCCUUCUCUUCCUCUGACCUGGAAUCAGGGAACGAAAGCGAAUGGGCCAGAGAUCUCAUUGCUACCAGAGCCAGCCUUUCCAAGGUGACCUCAAGACCACGUGAUCCUCUCGGAAUUCUUACCAGGAUUUUUCCAGGUUACAGGCGUAGCCGCCUAGAAGCCAUCCUACAGUUCUGCAAGGGAGAUGUUGUCCAAGCUAUCGAACAGAUCUUAAAUGGGAAAGAACAUAAGCCAGACUGCAGGGACCCAGCACACGCAGACUUGGAUGACACAGCCUUCCAGAGAGCUUCAGAUUUUACUCUUGCUAGCAUUGACUUUGGGACUCUAAGUAAUAAAUCAGCUCUGUCUCCUCUUGAAGCCGCAUCUGCUGCUUAUGGAGGAGAUUCAAGUCUCUACAGUUUCAACCCCAGGCUAGCUUUCAGCCCACUGCGCCUGGCAUAUUCUCCAGGAAGAGCGCUGUCUGGUUUGGUGUCGCCGUACCUAACGCCUGGACUGGUUCCAGCGCUGCCUUUUCGGCCAGCUUUGGAUUAUGCCUUUCCAGGGAUGAUUAGGGAGCCUUCCCACCUUCAAGGCAAGCACUUAGUAACUGGUGGUAGACUUUAUUUCAGGCCCAAUCAGGAACAUCUGUAACAUAUCAACCCUACCAUUCGGUGGUGUUUCUGGAACAGUAACACUGUAACACGCCCCCCCCCCCCCAAUUAUUAAUGUUCUUCAAUGAGUAUAUGAGUGACUUACCAGCCUUAAACGCUGUUUUUAAGCAAUCUGUAGACUUUAGACUUGAAGACUUCUUUAGCAUUUAUUACAUCAAAGAAUCAUUUGAACAUUAUAUGUGCCUUGAAUAAACAUAUUUCAGGAAAUAA